CUAGUGUAUGUGACAAUCGAAAAGCCAUAGAAUAUGCCAACGAGAGUGUAUUGACAUAUUUGAAUACUUGCAGGGUUCCACAAUUUGCAACAAGAGCUACAAUACUAUUUUGUGAAUUAUUUGUCAGCCGGGAAAUGUAUGGAGAGGCUGCUAAAAUGUUUAUUCAGAUGACAAAUGAAGACUCAGAUUUACGUAGUGCUCUACUUUUAGAACAGGCAGCAUAUGCUUUCCUGAAAUCACAAAAACCCCCAAUGUUGAGAAAGUAUGCUUUUCAUAUGGUUCUGGCUGGACACCGAUACUCAAAAGCAACACAAAGAAAGCAGUCACUAAGUUGUUACCAACAAGCUUAUCAGGUUGAAUUUCCUUGAUAAAUCAACUAAACCAGUUCAUAAUUAUAAGUAGAAACUGGGGAAGUCGCUCUGGUGUUUGGUAGAUUUCACUGUAAUGGAUGUGUAGAAUUUGAUUGAUAUUUGAUAAAUGUUAUCAUUGCAUUCCAAAAAUAUUCUAAUUAUUACAUCAUAUAUUCUUGUUGUUAACUUAUAAGUUAUAAGUCAAUACUAAUAUUGUUGAAUUUAGGAUUAUGUUUGUAGAUCGAUCUAGACAAAAAUGACACCACUGCUUUUAGUAAUAAGUAGCAUUUACUAAACG